ACGACACGAAUGAGCUAUUGUCGAUUUUGUGGGCUGUUGAUUUUGUCAGUCGCCUAGCCCUCUUUCAUUUGGGAUUUGUUUGGAUGAAAUUGGAGUUGCGGUUUUUAUGUUUUUGGAUCCAGUCAAGCAUGCUUUACAGCCCCAUUGUUUGAUCAUCAUUGUGGAUCACGGAUCUUAUGAUCUUGACAAACGGCAGGACACUUCGCACAUUCACACGAUAUGUCGUUUAUGAGACUGUUUUGUUCAUCAAAAAGCAUUAUUGCUGUGGCCGAUUUUUUUUUCUAUAUAUUCAAACUAAUUACGAAGGUCCAAGCAAUUGUUGGGAAUUUGAAGAUUUUAAACCUGAAAGUUAAUGGAUAAACUAAAAGGAUUGCCAUCAUCCACACAACAACUAGGGAAUUGAAACAGACAAGACGAGAAUUAAAGAAAAGCUUGACAUGAAUGGUUGAGAAUAAUGCCUUUCUUGGGGGAAAACUUGUCAAGUCAAACUUACAGGUUAAUUAGUUUAGCUAAGAAUAUGCAAAUUACCGAAAAAAGCAAAAGAAAUAGAAAGACAACCAAGUUGGUUAAAAGGGUAUUCUUGUACUCGGCAUUGGUUAGUUUUUAGAAUAUUGUUUCUAUCCAUAAACCUGAAAACGGAAAGUUGAAAAGAAAGCUACUAAUUUCCUCUCCUAAUAAAGUCAAUUCUAUAUAUUCCUAUUUCUUUGGUGAAUUGUUAGAAGGUAUUCAGGUGCUCCUUUCAUUCAGUUCUUGCAAACCUUCUAUUUCUUGGUUUCUUGCUCAGAAAUCUUGAAUCUUUCAACCUGUCAUUUCUUUCUUGAUUCCUAAGGUAACAUUUUUAAUCUUCUUCUUUUAGUUCUUCAAUCUUUUUUCCUUCUUUUAUAGGAAGGCACUAGAAAUCAAUUUCCAGGGUGUGCAUAGGCAAUGGGACAGUGUUGGAGCCAGGUUAGCAUAUGUGGCAAGUCUAAGAACAAUGGUAAUGAUGAUACUAAGAAAAGUAAAGAUACUGGACAUGGAGAUUGUAGGUGUAAAAAUGUUCACCGAAUAAAUUCCAUUCAGAAAUGGGAGGAAAAGUUAUCGGAAGCCAACAAAGACAACAAGAUCGUAGUUGUAAAUUUUUGUUCAUCCUGGUGUUCACCAAGUAAAUCCAUAGCACCUGCUUAUUGUGAGCUUGCUGAUAAAUAUACUUCCCUAGUCUUUUUAAGCGUAGACAUUGAUGAGCUUGCAGAGUUUAGCUCUUCAUGGGAAAUUAAGUCAACUCCGACAUUUUUUUUCCUUAAGGAUGGACGACAAGUAGACAAACUUGUGGGAGCAGACAAACCAGAACUUCAGAAAAAGAUUGCAUCUUUUGUUGGCUCCAAAUGAACAAUAAUACCCGUCUCGAGUUCGAGUUCUUAAUCAUUUUUGUUUUCCUCAUCAGAAAAUUUGGCAGGAUAGAUUGAUUUCGCGCCAUCAUCUUAAUCUUGGUGCGCAUAAACUGCCCAUUUGAGGACUAGAAAAAGCGGUCAUUGCAAAAGAUUGUAAAGAAAUGAGAAAAUGUAAAUACAACUUGAAGAAGAAAAGGAGCCAAAUGUAAAAAUGACAAAUAGAGAAUCAAAAUGCUUUGAUCAUCUUAAGACUAAUUGAACAAGAAGACACUAUUUAAUGAACGGAGAUGAAAUUAGCAAUGGAUGGCUGCUAAGGCCUAAAUGAUUAACAAUUUAACAAAAUUCCAGUCAAUGGUCGCUUGUUAUUAUUUGUAUUCUAUUAGUCUAACAAGCAAUUAAUCAGUUGCCAACUUUAUAUGAUUGUCUAUGGCAUGCAAA